AUGAGCUUGUUGGACUAUGACCAGUUGGUCGGAAAUAAUGCAAAUGGAAAAGCAGAAGACUACCACCAGCACGACCUGAGCAGGAACCCCUCGGCUACUGUGGACUCGGGCACUGGAGUUUGUGCCCCCCACCCCCAACUCCACACACUGAAGCCCUCACCCCCAGAGUGGCUGUAUGGGGAGAUGGUGCCCCUGAGGAGAUUCUUGACGAUCGCAUAUGGCAUAGACGACUUUAAUAAUCAGAACUCGACAAGGGUGAAAGUGGCCAAGCUAAUCACUCACCCUUAUUUUGACCCCUGGAUAAUGGAUAACGAUGUUGCUUUGCUCUUGCUCCAAUCGCCAUUGAACUUGAGUGUCAGCACCGCACCCAUCUGUCUUUCAGAGGUCACUGACAUGAGGAGGUGGAGAAACUGCUGGGUGACCGGGUAUGGCACUACCGAUCCAUUUCAUAAGCAAGCUGUUUCUGCAAAGCUGAUGAAAGUUGACCUCAAGCUUAUAAACUGGGACAAGUGUCUCCAUGCUAUAUCUCUAAUUACCAAGAACAUGAUAUGUGCUGGGACUCCUGAAGGUGGAAAGGAUGCCUGCCAGAGUGACAGUGGAGGGCCUCUGGUUUGCCAGAAAAAGAAGAAAAGCAUAUGGUACCAGCUGGGCAUUGUCAGCUGGGGAGUGGGCUGUGGCCUGAAGGACAAGCCUGGAGUGUACACAAAGGUGUCAAGUUAUCUGUUAUGGAUUAAUACGGAGACAAAGCUGGCAGGGAAGCCUUAUAUGCAUGAGCGGGACUCCGGGUACAGUUUGCUUCUUUCAUCCUGGGCCACCUUGUUUCUCUAUUUUGUGAUCCUUCUCUUAUCCUGGUGA